AUGGCCACUCACCCAAAUUUCGAUGCUACUCCAUUUGGUGGGUCCGUGGAGAACACCGAAUUUAAGUUCAGUAGGUUGUACUGGCACCACAUUUAUUCGGGACCGAGCCCAAACCAAUUAGACAUUACAAGUGCAGAUGCAAAGACUGGGUGGGGCCAGACAACCGUUCACAACUGGACAAUAUAUGAUGGGGUUGGCCCCAACGAGAAGCUAGUGGCCCGCGCACAAGGGCUGCAUCUCUACACUGGUAGUACCUGGCACAAUACCUUCAACAUUCUGUUCGAGAUUGAGGGGUUUAAGAAAAGCACGCUUCAGGUAAUGGGAGUAUCUGUUGAUGAAGAAGGUGAGUGGUCUAUUGUCGGUGGGACAUGUGAAUUCGCUAUGGCACGUGGUGUUGUAACCAAAAGACUGCAUCAGAAAAUAGAUGGUGGAGACAUAAUCGAGCUGACCAUUCAUGGUUUUUGCCGCAAGCAGAUCACCCUCACAAAGAGUAGCCCAUGGGGUGGCAAUGGGGGUUCCGUUGUUGAUUCAGACAACCCCUUGAAGAUAGAAAGUAUCACCAUCCUACAUGAAGGAGUAAUUGGUUCAAUUCAAUAUUCUUACAUCAACCAAAAUGGCAAGAGGUGCACCGCAGGUCCUUGGGGUAGUGAAAAUCCAAGCCGCGCAGAGAUCGUGCUGGGCCCUGGGGAGAUUAUUACGCAAGUGUCCGGAACAGUUACCGUACAUAGUAAUGUCCAAUGUGUCCAAACACUCAAGUUUGUCACCAACAAGCAGAAAACAUACGGACCUUAUGGAAAUAGUGCAAACAAAAAACUUGGUACCCCUUUCAGCAUCAUGGCGCCAAAUGGCAAAGCAAUUGUUGGCUUCUUUGGGCGUACAGAUAAAACGUUCCUGAAUGCACUUGGUGUUUACAUCGCCUAG